AUGAAGUCUUUUGCGUUCGUUAUUGCAUUCUGCGUAUGCGCAGCUAUCGCCUCACCUAUAGAAGACGGCAGAUGGGAUCCCUAUAAAUAUGGCGAUGACGGCAAAUAUAUACCGACAGACGAAGGCAAAUAUAUACAUAUACCAAACCCGUACAUCCAUUUAGACAACCCCUAUGAUGGAGGAUACGGACCAUAUGCACACGAUUACGAGCCUUACGUGGAAGCAGCUUCACAAGAUAUAUACAAGCAUGUGCUGAAGCCGCCACAGGAAUACAAUCCUUUCUAUAAAGACGGCUAUUAUAAGAACAAUGGAAUCAAGAUUAUUAACCAGAAACACCAUUACGAUGAGGAUAAAUAUGAUUUUGUUUUCGAAACUGAAAACAAAAUUCGUGCGAAGGAGAACGCCGUACUGAAGAACCCAAACACAAUCGAUGAAGGAAUUGCAUCACAAGGAUUUUAUGAAUACAUCGGACCUGAUGGUUUUAUGUACAGAGUGGACUAUACCGCCGAUGAAAACGGUUUCCGUCCAAAAGUGAGGAGGAAGAUCGUAAAUGUGUGUUGGGGCACUGGCAAGAAAUUUGGUAAAAUUGUUUUGGCUCAAGCUUUUGGAGGCUUUUAUGGUAGCGAGGACGUUGACCGAGAGCUCUGCCAAGUCGACGGCGCCGCCUUGCCCGACGCAAUGCGAUCCCGCCUGCUGCACUGCGUAGAGCCUUAUCUCCUUUGCCUCUUUUCCUCACCCAAA